UGCUUUCCUCCUCCCGGCACACAGCUGCCGUCCAGCGUCAUCUCCCGCCUACCCCGCGAUACCACGCCGCCACGUUUGAGCCCGCACGCGCGGCAAACAUCGCGAAGUCACCACCUCAUCUGCACCCAACCAUGGAUCCACGCAGGCAGGGCCGUCCGGAGGAGGAGCUGUUCUUCCGCCCCUCUGCAGAUGCUCCCGAGACGCCCACCGUCGGGCCCCUGAGAAUCAACAAGGCCUCUCCUCCGCCUCGACUCCCCUCCGCGGGCAGCGGCAGCGAUGGCGGAUUCUCGCGCCCUCCGCCUAUGCCAACCUUCCCAUCACCUCCUACGAACCCUCCCACAGCUCCUCUGCCGUACCCCGACGACCGCGCAAAAGACAAAGCUCCCACGGGCCGCCCCGUAUACACCCCCCUAUCAGCACAAGAGCGGGCAUCGCGGAACGCUACGCCUCCUGAUAAUGACGAAAGACGACGACGCUCAAGUACCACGCAGCCUUCAGGGGGCUCGCCGCGAACAAAAUUCAGUGCCGACGAUCCGAAUAGGCCCACAUUGUCAGGUUACGGUCAUGCACCGCGGGCGGGCGAGGGGCGCGAGGGAGCUAUCCAGCCAUCGAAGCUAGCAGAGAGGCGUGGGACUGUCCCAAAGCCUCUCCCCGACUCCCCAGGCCCAGAGACGCCUGAGAAGGAGAGCUUGUUCCAGAAGCAGCCAGUCCGUCAAGGCUCGGUCCCUGGAGAGGUGCCAAACCCUUAUCCAGACUAUCAUCAACAGUACUGGCCACCUCCGGGUCCUGUUUCGCCGAGAGGUCCAGCGCCGACCCUCAAGAUUCCAAACCCAGGCGGCAUCAACAGACUGAGCUCCACUGCAUCGACCUCAACUACCAGGGCGCAGAGGGGAUCACCUCCCCCUCCCGAGACCCCUAUCAUUCCACCUCCGAGUGGUGGUAUUGAAGCUCGAUUCGCAGCCGCCGGAAUCGCCGGGAACUCGACACUUACCAGCCUUCAGGCGCAGAAUCUUCAAAAUGCUGCGGCAGCACAGCGUAACCAGGUCUAUGCAAACUCUCAGCCUAAGCCUACCGUCUCUUCGCCUCCCCCAGCUCAGCAACAGCCCCCGCGAAGGCCCUGGACUCCUACUGAACAGCCUGGGAGCCAGCCACAUGGCCCACCGACUGUUUAUCAAGGGCCAGAUGAAGUCAACGAUCCGCCCCCUGAACCAGUAUCCGCGCCUCAAUCUGUGGCACGAUUUUCUCCCCCUCCGGUAGCAAUGCAAGUGCCCCCUGAACAUCCGGUACAGCAGGAUUUGUCUCGAAUGCACAUUCACGAUGAGCCUCCACCAGCCUAUUCGAGUGUGCCGCAACCUGCUGGGGGAGUACCGGCACAAGGCUAUCCCAAUGAGAAACGCAACACCGUGAUCAAUCAGCCCACGCCUGCUCCUGCUAUUAUGAGCGAUGCCAGUGUUCAAAACCACCCUGCUUUUGCGAACGAUCCUCGUCAACCGAGCAGAUCAACUCCCCAGCCCGGAGGAUCGGUUGGUAUGACUCCUGUUCAACCUCCUAAUGCCUCACCUGGGCCAGGACCAGCCUCUCCGCCUCCACUACCGGAAGGCUGGAUCGCGCACCUUGAUCCUGGUUCUGGGCAAUACUACUAUAUCCAUCUUCCCACACAGUCAACACAAUGGGAAUUCCCCAAGGGACCCACGCCGCUUAAUUUGAAUGAGCCCAUGUCUCCCACGGGUACUUUCGUCAAUCCCUUGACUUCGCCAAGUUUUGGCCCAAUGGGCGGCAAGACACCCAUGGCUUCGCCUGGAUUUCCACCACAGUCGGCAACGUAUCACAGCGAUAUGAUGAGCAUGGCAGGUAUUGCAAGCCCAACCGCUUCAGGCUUCACGGGCCCACCUCCAGCCGCUGGAGUAGACAUGUACAAAGUUGCGCCCACUAACAAUGUCUACUUUGGGCCUUAUUUGAGGUACACCAAUAUGGACCUUGAGCGAGGGCUAUGGCUUGGGUCGAUUCUCCUUGUGACAAAUGCACCCCAGCCUCCCACCAUCCACAUUCAUCAGAGUGUGGACCUUUCUCCGAAUCCCCGUCAACUCAAGGCGAAUCCUAUCUUCACCCAUCAAACGUGGAUGUUCUACAGAUAUGACGUUGACCUGCGAAUGGAGGAGGAUCAUAGCGCAAAGUGGACUUACGCAAUCACAUCUCAUCUUGGGUGUACACGGUUCGAAUUCCUAGUUGCGGGACGCCAUGAAACGAGUUGGCGAUUCAUCGCACAUUCUGGCAACGACUUCGCUCUUAAUGUCAAUGCAAACGAGAGAUCCAAGCUUGGUGGCAUUGGGUUCAUGUGGAAAGACAUUCUACAGAAGAACGCUGAAUGUGGUGGGUUCCACGUGCAGUUAGGGCUAGGAGAUCAAAUCUAUGCGGAUCGUCUAUGGAAAGACAUCCCGCUACUGAAACAAUGGACGGCCACGAGCGGAAAAGAGAACAGAAAGAACGCCAUUUGGACAGCGAAGCAUGAGGAGGAGGUUUCGCAUGCCUACUUCCACUACUACACGAGCCAUUUCGAUCAACCACAUCUGAGAGAGGCCUUUGCUCAGAUCCCACAUAUCCUAUCUCUCGAUGACCACGAUAUUUUCGAUGGCUUCGGAUCGUACCCUGAGUACAUGCAAUUCUCAAACAUGUUCAAGAACAUUGGAAGGAUCGGUAUUGAGAUGUAUCUUCUCUUCCAGCACCAUACUACCCUAGAAAUAUUGCGGAACGUCGGUAACGACCAAGACCUGUUCACCAUCACCGGAACGGGAUGGCAUUUCGUCAAGUAUCUAGGCCCUUGUGUUGUGGUAGUUGGGCCAGAUUGCCGAUCGGAACGAAACCCACAUCAAGUGAUGGCAGGGCCAACAUAUCAAGGAAUCUUCCCCAAGGUGGCUACCCUUCCACCCAGCGUUCAGCAUUGCAUCUGGAUGAUCCCAGUGCCCCUUAUCUAUCCCCGCCUGGAAUCUCUAGAAACCUUGGGUAACACGGUGGCAACCGGAAAGAAGGCCGUUACCGGUACCUUCAAUAUACUAGGAAAGGUAACUAGCUCUGUCGCUGGCGUCGUUGGCGCGAAAUCUGUGGUCGGCGAAGGUUUCAGCUCUGUCAAGAAAGCUAUUGGGAAGUCGGGUUUGAUGAGCGGAGUUCUGAGUCCAUUUGGAGAUAUCGAUAUGCUCGACGAGUUACGAGAUCAAUGGACGCAUGAAUCCAAGGACCUAGAACGCACUUACCUCAUUCGGACAUUGCAGGGCAUCGCGCAUAAUAAGUCACUGCGCAUGAGCUUUUUCUCGGGCGGUGUUGACUGCUGUGGCGCUGGACUUGUCCAUGAUCCUUCGAAACCGCAAGAUCACAAGACGAUGUACCAGAUAAUAUCGUCAUCGGUCGUGAACGCUCCGCCCAGCAACUAUGUUCUUCGACUGCUGCAUAACAACAAAGCCCUCUACAUUCCAGCGAACGGACACCGCAGCACUCACACGCCAUCAGACACCAAGGAGGACAUGAUGGAGAUUUUUACCCAAGACGUGAACGGCGCUGCCCGCGAGUUGAAACGGCUCAUGGGCCGUAGGAACUAUGUCGCUUGUGUGAUAUACGAUCCGGAGAUUGUCAACGGGACUUUCGGACAGGCAGUUCCGGGACAUGGUGGUGGGAAGCUCAGUCUCGCGGUCGACUUUAUGGUGCAGAAUGACGGUCCAUACGCAUCGCCGAUGAAGUAUGGGCCAGUCAUCAUACCCAGCUUGGAGUAUGGUCGUUAGGAGCGUAUCUUUUCUGGGUUAUGCUUGCUUGGUGUUUAGUCGCAAUUAGCGUGGCAUGGCCAGUCUUGUACUUUCUUCUACAUAUGACCGCUUGAGGGGUGUUCGAAGAAUUAGGACGAUGAGUAGACAGUGAAAGAAAUUCAAUAACACAGUAAUGCU